CAAACUCACUACAUUCAUCCAUGCUCUUCAUCACAUCUGAAUCCAGGGCUUCCUUGUAGGUUAUUUAUCAUAUGAAUAGAAGAUAUGGAUUUCUAAGCAAGCACAAUUAAUAUGACCAUCACAGGACAUGAGGGCACAGGCAGUGCUGUCUUUCUUCUUCAUCAUCAUACCAUUUACUUAUGGAUUUCAAGAUAUGGUCUAUUCAUUCUUGACAAGUCCCAAUAAUAAUACGAAUGAGAAACUUGCUAUUGGAAGAUAUGAUGAAGACGUAAUUCUCCCUUGCUCAUUUAAGAGUGGCCCUGAUGUCGUAAUUCACUGGAAAAAUCAAGAUAACUUUGUUCACAGUUACUACGAGGACAGGGACCAUUUGGAAAGACAGUAUCCCAGAUAUGUACACCGAACAUCUCUCUUUCAUAGUGAGAUUCACAAUGGGAAUGCUUCCCUAUCUGUCAAAAGAUUGAACCUUCUGGAUGAAGGAAUUUAUGUGUGCUAUGUUGGAACAAAUAGUGGAUACAUCACAAACAAAGUGGUGCUUAAGGUGGGAGCUUUCCAAAUACCCACGAUGAAAUAUGAAAACAGGGGCACAGAGAGCUUCCUGGUAUGCAGUAUAUCGAGUGUUUAUCCUCGUCCACGUAUCACAUGGAAAAUGGAAAAUGCUUCUGUCGCUUCUGUCUCUGAAAGCAAUUCAAAAGAAACUGGGAUUUGGGGCCUUUUUUGUAUUAACAGCAUACUGAAUAUCACAGAAUCAAAUUCAUCUUAUGAGUGUGCUAUUGAAAAUUCACUUCUGCAUCAGACAUGGAGAGGACGAUGGGUUUUGGCAGGUAGCCAUUGGAAAUCACGACAUGAAGCCAUUUUACUCUCCUGUCCAGUCAUCAGCAGUUUUUUGCUACCAAAUCAAGGCUUACAUGUUACUUGGACCAAAGUAGAAAAUGGGUCAUCCUCUAUCUUGGCUUCCCAUCUGAGCUCUUCGCAAGAUACAACUAUAAAUGACCCUCGAUUCUCCUGGAAUAAAGAGCUGAUAGAUCAGAGUGACUUCUCGAUGGUUUUGACAGAUCUUAACCCUUCAGACAGUGGGGAAUACUUGUGUAAUAUUUCUUCACGUGAAUAUACUUUACUUACUGUUCACAGGCUGCAUGUAGCAUUAAGUCAAAGAAGAGAUUCCUGGAAAAUACGUACAUGUAUUUUUUUGGUGGCUUUACUGGAAAUAGCCUUUAUGGGAGCUUAUAUGUGCUGCUUCAGAAUGUCAAGAGCCAAAAGGAACAGAGACUCUGCUGAUGGUGACCCAGGCUGUGAAGAUCCCCCAAAUAGCAAUUUAUGAAGAAGCAAUCAUGUGAAAUUCAUAUCAGGAAAAGUCAAUUAGCAAAAGAAGUCCUAUACUUGAUUUACUCAAAAGAAAUUUUCUACUUGAGUCACUCCAUUUGCCUGAGGAUUUACUGGACUGAUAUCAACUCACCUUUCUCACUGCCAUCCCAAGGCAAUGGCUUGUUAGACUUGACAACUCCACCAUUGUGAAGACAGCCAUUUCUCCCCAUACUCUGGUUUGAAUGUGUCCCCAAGGCUCGUGUAUUACAAACAUUAUUGCCAAUGCAAUAGUAUUGGGAAGUAGGCCCCAAUAAGAGAUGGUUAGGUCAUGGGAACUUUGCUGACAUUGUGGGAGUAGGUUAGUUAUUGCAAGAGUGGCUUGGCCCUCUCUUGACUUCCAUCUUCUACCAUGGGACCAUGUACCAAAAACAUUCCUGCCAGAUGACGAAAACUUGAUUUGGACUUGCCAGUCUCCAGAAUUGUAAUUAAUUUCUGUUCUUUAUAAAUUAUCUACUGCACAGCACUGGAAAUCAAAGAUCCAAUAUUACAUUUAUUCUUCAAGAAGUAAUCAUCAUUUGCUGAUUUGCUACCUGCAUUAAGAUGAAGAAUACCUACCUGCAAAGGAUUCCAGUUCAACUUAGGAAAUAAUAGUCUCAUUAAUUUACAUUCCUGUUGCAGUCAACCUAAAAGGCUACUGUGAGUUUCUGUUAAGAACUCAGAAGAAUUGUACAAUUAGGAGCUAGUUCAAGAUCUGAUCAAUUGAUAAUGGUGAGGGCAGAUGGGAACAGAAGUCACCUUAGUGAAUAGAUGAAGAACCAGGGCCCGGAAACAGGAAGGCUGAUUUGAUAAGGCAUCAUUCCCUAGUUUUAUAAAAAUGAUCAUUUCAGCAUAACUGAUGAGGCAGAAUGGUGACCUUUAGGAUUUCCAGAAAGUAAGGAUGUCUAUGCCACCACGACUGCUUGGAGACAGAAGUCUUGCCAUCUCUAGAAUGGACCUGGAUGGUAUGUUAGAACUGGUUGGCAUAGUUGAUGACAUGGACUAUGAGGAAUUCUGGCUCAUCAGCAUUCUAACAUCUUUAGCUUUCCAUGUAAAUUUUAUGUGGGGAGAAAGUGUAGAGCCCAGAUGAGUUGAUGAUCAGCUUGCCUUAAUUUUAAAAUCAACUUAGAGGAAAUAGAUUGUUAGUAUUUGUGUAUUUGUCAUUAUAAUUGUGCUUUUUGUGACUUAGGUAGUCAAGUUUUGAAUUGUUGUUCAUAGGAGAAAGCAAAUUCUGAUGUGCAGCAUGACCUCCCCCAGCCCAAUUAUUUCUAUCAAUAGACCUCAGUUUCACAAUCUCAUACUUUGUACAUAGUUUGUCAUAAUAUUGUGUCAGAUAUUCAUGAUAGUAAAUUAUUAAAGACUCCAAUGUAAAGAAAAACUCCAUUGAGGUUACUGUACUUAAGUGUCUAAGUCCAAAAUCAAUGCUUCCCAUGUAGGUAGGAGAAUAGGGCCAAGAGCAAGGUCUGAAAGGCCUUCCACAAACCUUACCAAAUUAGCUUAUGAAAAACACAAGUUUACCCAUAGGUUAAGUUAUUAUAGCAGUCACUAUUUAGAUGUCCUUGCUUCUUGCUGUGUGUGUUUUUAUAGUA